AUGAUUGGGCAGACGCUGAAAACGAUCGGCGAAGGGGACGAGUUGGAUGAUGAGGAGUUGUUGAUGAACCAAUUUCGCGCGAAACUCGGGUUAGGGAUCGAAAAUAACUCUACUAGCACUGCAGGUACGGGAGGACAAGCCGGUGCUCAACACCAGCAAAGCGCUCUUCCUUCCUCUUCUCAAACCCCAUUCACCUCGAACAUCGCUCUAGCCAUAUCAAAUGCAAAAAUGUCUGGGUCUGGAAGAAUGCAACUUGUCAUGCUAAAUCCGAAGCAGGCAAAAAACUGUGUUGCAUGCUUGCCAAAAGUUGUACACUUUUGACCUAAAAAUCGAGAGGCAGUUUCUCAUGCAGGAUAGGCAUGAGAGAGAUCGCACAGAAUCUGUCAUGCUAGGUCCUGCAUUCCGGGCUUCCUGGAUCAUGAAAAAACUGCAUGACAAAUCUGGCAAUCUUCCAGACCCAGACAUUUUUACAUUUCAGAAGCUAGAGCGCAAGACAGCAACCUCCGCCAAGAUCAACAAACCAUGACCUCUAUCCUGUGCAAAAGUAUCGCACUCGUGUUGCAAUCAUGCAUUACAAAUCCUUGUGUUAAGCUAAAUCCGCAUUAAAAAUUUUAUUUCUCAUGCUGAGGAAAUUUGUAAUGCAUUUAUACGAGUGCGAUACUUUUGCAGUUCAUAACCUCCUCCCUGGCCUCCACGAUCCAACAAGGGGGGAUUAGGCUGGACCUGCAGGCACGGAAUUCCGUGGAACAGGAGAUUUUGGUUGUAUCACAGGAAAUAAAAGCGUUAACGUGAACGGAAUUUGCCGUGCAGUAUAUGCAUAUAGAAACGGAGUGCCCAAGUUUGUAUUGCUUAGCAUGCAUGAUACAGAAAGUUUGUUAUGCAUGAGUGCAAAAGUGCCAACGUGAACGUUGACACUUUUUUCCUUGAUAGGUUUUCGACACCUUUCACCGAAUCCAGCACGAGACCACGAAAAUCAUGAACAAGUGGAAUUUGAAAAGACAGAAAAAUGACUACGACAGCUUCAGCCAGGCGAAGAGGGAAAAAGAGGACGAAAUCGAAAAAUCGCAGAUCAGAAGAGCGGUCAACGCGAUCAACCAGGAAACGCACUACGUGAAGGUGGGAAAGCUACAGGAGAUCGUGCGGGAGAUUUUUUUUGGAGAAGAUAUCGUGAAUAAUCAAAAGAACGAAUCGGAGCAGGAGGAAGGUGAGAAGGAGAACAAAGACAAAGAAAACAAAAGGAUCCGGUUUUACGAGAAAGCCACUGAGGAGAGCAACGCCGCGAUUCAAAAAGGUAAAGGCUGGAUGAGCAAUAAAGGAAACGGAAAAAUGGACGGCAAUGAACUACAUAAUCACUGCCACAACAUGGAAAUGCGCUCUUGGGAGGAGUGUCAGCGCAUGAAGCAAGCUUAUGCGAAUUUCAAGUGGGAGCAAGAUUUCCAAAGAUCGCGAACCGACCCACACUAUGAAGUGCAAAAGUAUCGUACUCGUAUAAAUGCAUGACAAAUUUUCUUAGCAUGAGAAAUAAGAUUUGUAAUACCGAUUUACCUUAAAAAUGAGAUUUGUAAUGCAUCACUGCAAUACGAGUACGAUACUUUUGCACAGGAUACACACUGGGCGCAGACGAAGCGGAAAAUAGAGAACAAGCAGUGGAAGUCGCGGAAAAGGCUGGAAGAGAUCGCAUGGCAGUUAGGGAUGAGCGCCGUUCCGGAUGAAGAGGAGCGGGCGUGGGUGAACAAGCAAAGGAAAAUAAUCGCGGAUAGUACUAGAGUGAAGGAAGCAAAAACGCCAGACGGUGGCGGAACUGUUGCAUUCUCCGGAUUCGGUCCAGAAGCAUCUAGUACUUCAACUUCAACAUCAGCCACAACAACUUCCCAACUCUUGCCGAACGAGUGCAAGGUCUUAGUUUUCGUCAACACCCAGAAAUCCGCUGUGGAGAUCGCCCACACUCUUUACCACGACUACGGGUACCAAACGGAUUCGAUUCACGGUGGCGAUUUGCAGGAAAGGCGCGACAACUGCAUCAACCAAUUUCGGUCCGGCGAGACGAAAAUUUUGAUCGCGACAGAUGUCAUCGCCCGGGGGGUGGAUAUUUCGGGGAUCACCCACGUUGUUUUGUUCGAUUUUCCCCAGCAAACUUCCGAGUACAUCCACAGGAUUGGGCGGACCGCGAGGGGGGAAUUUGGUCGAGGCUACGCGAUCACGUUUUUCGAGUACUGGGAGAACAUACCAGAGGCGGCGACGGAAUUGAUUGAGAUUCUGAAGAAAUCGGAGCAAUUUGUCCCGGAAGAAUUGUUGGAAAUCGAUCAGCAAGUGAAGCUGGGAAUCAGAAAGCCGAAACACGUGACGAGAAGCUGGGAGUCGCAGUGGGCAGCGCCGCGGUUUAACCGGUUAGACGACGGGGCGGAAUACGGGAAAAGCUUUUACGAGUUGCACAUGAUUUUGCAACAGCCGGGGAUGAUGGGCGGUGGUGGACAAGACGCAGGCAGUGCGUCAUCGUCGUCUGCAACGGCAGGGGCUUCUCAGCUGCAGGACCUACAAGAACUUCUCUCAGGCAACAAUUCAUCUUCUGCGGCGCACCAAGGUGCACAGCCUGCACAUUUGAUGUCGGGCGAUGGAGGCUCUGGUGGAGGAGAACUUCUUGAUCCUGCAGAGAAUGAUCCGGUAGUAGUCGCCCCGCCAACGAAUCUGUUCACCCUGAAAGACCCCCAACAGAGAAGGGAGAAAAGAUUAGCGAGAGCGGCGAAGGCUGCGAAUCUUCGGGAUGUUGGUGAGAUCAAAGGCACAGAAGGUGGGGAAGGCUCUGCCAUGGUGGUGGGUAGUAAAGGCCCUGCAACUGUUGCAGAAAGUGAAAGACAAGCAGCAGGAGCAGGUGCUUCAUCCUCUAGCAGCGUCGUUGUACAACCCGCCUCGGUCCCGGCGGCAAGCACUAGCACUUCUUCGAAUACAACAACAACUUUAGAUGCAGCGGAACAAGGAGGUGUGGCUGCAGGCGGAAGUGGCAUUGAAAUGCCUGGCGAAGUAGAUGAUAUUAAGAGAAAACCACAGGUACUAGGCCACACCGUCCCCGACCCACCUCCGGCUCUUCACCAUCGUCGUUCCGCCACGCCGCCCCUGACCUCCGCUGGCAAUCAACUGUUCAACCUGAAAGAGAAGAGGAGGCCGCCGCGUGCUGUGCGUCGAGUGGACGAUACCAGUGCGUCGCGAAACAAAUCUCCUCACCAGGAGUGAAGGAAUAAGAGUUAUUCCUUGCUUCCAUCACUGGUUCUGGCAUUCUUUUACAGAAAUUUUCGGCACGCCUGGAGCUGCCGUUUUGCUGAAACUAAGUUUUACCUUGUCCUGGUUUAUUGCGGUUCGAGACGUAGCUAAACCGAAUUCAUCGAAUAUGUAGCUUUAGCUUGAUUUCAUUCCAGUAUUACCGUCUCUUCAAAUGAACUGACCCCCUUUCGAGUAUGAAAAAAAUAUAAACGAACCUGGUGAAAAUGAAACAAAAAGCGGAACCUAAAGUAAAAGAGAACUAAAACCCCUGGGCGUAAGUGCGACCCUUUUUAGUUCUUCGCUAAUUUAAUGGCUUUAUUUUUUUGGAGCGACCGCUUCUGCUGUUUACGUUUUGCACAAACUCCUUACUACAUCAGCGACGCAAAACAUUAUGUACAAGAAAUAUUUGCUGUUUAUAUAUGCAAUGAGUUGGAAGAACCGACGAAACAGAAAAUCGAAGCGAAACUUGACGAUACUUGACCAAUUUUGCGAGAA